AAACUGAUCCCAAACACAUCGGGUCACAUGACAAGGAACCGGAAGUAGGUUAACCUUAGACGUUGAGCUGGACUGUUUGGAGCGCAGAGCUGAACCCAGUCAACCUAUUUCGAAGAAAACGCGCACAAUAAACGCCUCGUUAACUCUUGGUAUAUGGUGCUUAUACGAAGCGAUUAAAAGCCGUAGACUCAUGGAUGAAGUGUGUUGAUAGCCUCUGAGGGCACUUAACCGUGUGAAGUGGCAGUCAUUUGAGUGAAUUAGCAGGUUAGCCGAGCUCCAUCAUGACAGUGGCGGUGUUUUUCGGCUGUACGUUCAUCGCUUUCGGGCCAGCAGUCGCUUUGUUCCUGUUUACAAUCGCCAGGGACCCGCUGCGCGUGAUCUUCCUCAUAGCAGGGGCUUUCUUCUGGCUGGUGUCUUUGUUGCUGUCCUCUCUUGUGUGGUUCAUCACAGUUCAGAUCAGCAACAAGAACAGUGCAGCUCAGCAGAGAGGGCUGCUCAUCUUCGGGGUUGUGCUCUCUGUGCUGCUUCAGGAGGCAUUCAGAUAUGGUUACUACAGAUUGCUGAAGUAAGAAUUAACUGUUCAUUUUCUGUGUUUGAAAGGAGCCACAUAAUCAAUAAACCUAAAU